AUGGCUCCUCAUGUGGGGUUUGACACCGACCAGAUCAGAGAUAAGGCUCACAAGGACCUUCUCUAUCUUCUAGAAGGCGUUCGCGGCAAGAAAAACCUCGUUAUCGAGCGUAGCCUGGCUGGUCCAAUUGGCGUCGUCGCCAAGGUGUCGACGUUGCAGGACUAUGGCGUCGACAAGUUCUUCUUCCUCGAAAACGGGAAUGCCGAUACGAGCCAGCGCAAUGUCGUCUUCAUGGCUCGAGGGGAAUGUGCCCGGCAUGCCCAGUCCAUAGCAGACCAGAUCAAGCGGUUGCAACGCGAGAGCCAGACCGGCCACGAUUUCCACGUCUUCUGGGUGCCACGCCGUACCCUGGUAUCCGACAAACUUUUGGAGGAAGCUGGCGUCCUAGGCGACGUGAACAUAGCCGAGCUUCCUCUGUAUUUCUUCCCGCUCGAACGAGACGUCUUAUCUCUAGAACUCGACAACUCCUUCCAAGACUUGUUUCUCCGCAAGGAUACGACACCGACCUUCUUGAUGGCUAAGGCCUUGAUGGACAUUCAACUGAAACACGGACUCUUUCCGCGCGUCAUCGGAAAGGGCGACAAUGCAAAGCGCGUGGCUGAACUGCUUACUAGAAUGCGACAGGAGAUUCUGGCCGGAGAGGAUGCGAGCGAAGGCUCCAAGUCGGGGCUUUCUCCCAGCAACACGGUAGAGAGCGUCAUCAUAAUCGAUCGCGAGGUGGAUCUUGUCACACCCUUACUCACCCAGCUGACAUAUGAAGGGCUGCUUGACGAGGUCUGGGGAAUCCAGAAUAACCAAACGGACGUUGAUUCCACCAUCGUCGGGGCUCUGCCGCAGUCCGCCUCUCAGAGUACCGCGUCUACCCCGACGCCCAGCGCUAUUUCGAGGAAGCGUAAGAUCCAAUUAGAUUCCUCUGAUAAACUUUACGAUGGGCUCCGCGAUGCGAACUUUGCGAUCGUCGGCACGCUCCUCAAUAAAGUCGCACGAAGGUUACAAAGUGAUUUCGACAGCCGGCACACCUCCAAGACAACGGCAGAGCUCAAAGACUUCGUCAAGAAAUUACCUGGCUAUCAGACCGAGCAUCAGAGCCUGAAGGUCCACACUGGGCUUGCCGAGGAGAUCAUGAAGCAUACUCGAGCAGAGCAGUUCAGUCGAAUGCUAGAGGUCCAGCAGAACCUAGCCGCGGGUGCCGAUCCGAGCUCGCAACUCGACGCCAUCGAGGAAUUGAUAGCAAGGGACGUGCCGCUGCGUGAGAUACUGCGGCUUCUGUGCAUAUACUCAUGCAUAUCCGGCGGUAUCAAAUCGAAGGAUUUCGACCAGCUUAGGCGGUUAGUCCUAGAGGGCUACGGCUACCAGCACCUUUUAACCCUGCACAACUUAGAGAAGCUUCAGUUGUUCUUGUCCCGCGCUUCGCCGAUGGCUAGCAUGAUCCCCAUGUCAGGUUCGGGAGCGGCAACGGGGACUAAGACUAAUUAUACCUACUUGCGCAAGCAACUUCGCUUAAUCGUCGACGAAGUCAACGAACAUGACCCUAACGACAUCGCGUACGUCUACAGCGGCUAUGCUCCGCUCUCUAUCCGGCUUGUACAGUGUAUACUACAGAAGCAAUAUCUUCUCUCGAUCACGCGUGGCAACGGGGCGACUGGCACGGGUACUGCUGGCGGCGGCGGCGCUCAGGGAUGGCGGGGAUUCGACGAGGCUGUCAAGCAUGUGCGAGGCCAGACAUUUGACGAAUUGCAAAAGGGUGAAGACAAAGCGGUCAAGGCCCGAGCGCUAUUAUCCGGAGGAGGUGACAAGAAGACGGUAUUUGUCGUCUUCGUUGGAGGUAUCACCUUCACCGAGAUCGCGGCGCUGAGGUUUAUCACGAAGAAGGAAGAGGGUCGGAGAAAUAUCGUCAUCUGUACGACAUCGAUGAUUAGCGGAAAUAAGAUGAUGGAUGCCGCAGUAGAGAAGGGGUCAUUCAUAAGGGAAGCGCCGGCGGCGAGCUCGGGCCGUCCGCGGACACCAAUUGAUUUCCCCUCCCCAUACACGAACCCCGGGCCACCUACUUCAUACCCUUACGUCGCUGCGUGUGCAUGUCUCGAGCCGCGACGGGACCUGGGCUCACCAGCUAUGAGAAGCGCUCAGGAGGCCUUGUUGGAGGAGGGCAAUUGUAUCGGGCCGGGCCCUCUGAUGGAUUUGGAGGAAUUGGACCAACACCUAGAAUCUCUACUUGCCUCUUCGGUCGAUAUUACCAAGACUCUUCCUGCCUCUCUCGUCCUAGAUCCGUGCACCCCUUACGGCGCCGACUCAUCUAUAUCGACGGAAACCCCGAGAACAGAAUCCGAGAUUGUGGUACGGAUUGAUGAUACGGACGUAGAGAUGGAUAACAUGGCUUCCACACCUUCUUUCGAGUCAUCAACCUCGGCCGUCUCUGACCAGUCGGAGUUGGCCUCUCUCCCCACCACCUCGUCGUCCUCAAGUAAAGCGACAACGCCCGUCGAUGUGGACGGACCGAAAGACUUAGGAGUGGCAUCCUCCAUCAAUAACGUUACUACUACCGCAGCCCCUGUCAGAGCGAGGAGGCGGACAUAUAAUGUGCGGCCGCGAGCAUCCAUCCCAGCGGAUCUCGCUCCGUACGAGUAUGCCAACCAAUGCAUAGCCGCAGCCGAGUCAUCUCGGCUGAACCCGUAUGCCCUGCACCAGGACGAGUACUCGAUGUUGAGAAGCCACAUUACCCAUGCUCAGGUGACCACCUAUCUAAACGUCCGGAACGGAAUCCUGCGGUUAUGGCUGAGUAACCCGCGGAUCUGUGUUUCUCGAGAGGAAGCGGUUGGAUGUGCUAAAGACGCCAGAUGGUUCAACGCUGCAAGCGUUUGCUACGAUUGGCUCGUCCGCGCUGGAUACAUUAAUUUCGGAUGUACCGAGGUUACGAUGCUGAAGAAGCGGUCGAGGAACGCGGACCAGAGCAAAAAGGGGAAAACUGUGGUCAUCAUCGGUGCCGGCAUGGCUGGGCUCGGGUGUGCGAGGCAGCUCGACAGUCUAUUCCGACACUAUACCAGGCAACUCCGUGACCUGGGGGAGGGCACUCCGAGGGUAAUUGUCGUUGAAGGCCGAAAUCGCUUGGGCGGUCGGGUGUACUCGCGCGCACUGGACGGAAGCAGGAGCCAGCAUCUCCUAGGCUUUAAAGGCCGAAGACAUAGCUUCGAACGAGGCAAUCCGUUGAACGUUCUAGUCCGAGGGCAGAUGGCCCUCCCCUACUACGCCCUGAGACCAGAUACGACCCUCUACGAUACCAAUGGCAAGCCGGUCGACGACAAGCGAGACCGGCUUGUCGAAAAACUAUACAACGAUUGCCUUGAGCGAGUAAGCGACUACAAGUUUAAGAACCCGCCGUCGAAGCUCAUCGAGGGUAAUAAGGACUCGAUAGAUGAAGGUCGGGAUAGCUCGUCUGAAGGUCAGAAGACUAUCGCCCAUGUUGAAGAGGCAGCGGCCUCUCUUCCACAGGCACCGCCGGUUUCGCAACAGAGCUUAGGGCCUCAGGUUAACUUCGUUCCUAUCUCUACCGACCGAGCCACUGGCAGAACGCACGUCCAACCCGGGACCGCAGCCACCGUCAAAGCAGCUUUUAAAGCACGUUUGAUGGGCUGGGCACUAAAAGAAAACGUAACCGAUGACCACGAUCUGGACCUCGACGCCGCGGCCACCGCCCCCGAUGCGACCCUCGGCUCCGUCAUGGACGAGGCCAUAUCGCAAUACAAGAAUAUCGUCGACCUUACACCCCAGGACUUCCGACUUUUGAACUGGCACGUCGCCAACCUUGAAUACAGCAACGCUACGAAUUAUAACCAACUUAGCAUAGGCGGUUGGGAUAUCGACGCCGGAAACGAAUGGGAGGGCAAGCACACGAUGGUAGUCGGCGGCUACCAGACUGUUCCGUGGGGCCUAGCGACUACCCCGUCACGGCUGGAUGUCCGAAAGAACGUCACCGUCAAGCGAGUAGUCUACAGUCCCAAUGGAGAAGGACCUUCGCGUGUCGAAUGCGAAGACGGAUCUGCCUUGGACGCUGAUUACAUUGUUUCGACUAUACCCCUCGGCGUUUUGAAACAUGGAAAUGUUGAAUUCGACCCGCCUCUACCACCUUCCAAGGUAGAAGCCAUCAGUCGGUUGGGAUACGGUAUCCUUAACAAGAUCGUCUUAGUCUACGAAGAGCCUUUUUGGGACAAUAGUAAAGACAUCUUCGGUUGUCUUCGCACUCCAUCGUCCCGCCAUAGCCUUAAGCAGGCAGAUUAUGCCUCUCAACGGGGACGCUGCUUCCAAUGGUUCAAUGUAACGAACACAAGCGGCAUCCCGGCGCUCAUUGGGUUAAUGGCGGGGGAUGCUGGCUUCGAUACCGAACACUCUGGAAAUGAUGAGUUGGUCGCCGAAGCCACCGAAGUUCUCCGCAGCGUAUACGGCGCUAAGGUCCCAUCGCCUAUCCACUCAAUCGUUACACGCUGGGGCUCCGACAAGUUCGCUCGAGGAUCGUACUCCUCUGCCGGUCCCUCUAUGCACCUCGAGGACUACCAGACGAUGGCGCAACCUGUGGGCAAUCUGUUAUUUGCGGGAGAGCAUACGACCGAUACACAUCCUGCCACGGUGCACGGCGCCUACCUGACGGGUCUGCGUGCAGCAUCGGAAAUCGUCGAUGCCAUGCUCGGACCAAUUGAGAUUCCUGCCCCCCUCGUACCACCUAAGGAAUCUACCGUCGCCUCCCUCGGGUCAAAGCGCAAAGCCCCUAGUGAGGUCCUGCCCCAAACCUCGUCUAGAGCUAGUAAACAAGCUCGUAUCGAAGCUUAUGAGCACGCUUUUGGGCAACACGUCGUGGCGCAGAUUGGUGAGCGGCCGUGGCGACCCCAGAAGGUAGCGGGGAACGCGUAUCUCUUAUACAGCAAGGAAUUCUUUGAGAUAGCACGUAAACGGUGUCAAGGGGAGCGCCGGGCAGGAAAAGGAAAGCCCGGGCCGAACGAGGUGCGUGUCAUGACGAGUAAGAUGUGGAAAGAGGCGACAAGCGAGGAGCGGAAGCCUUUCGAAGACCAGGCAGCGGAACAGAAACAAACGUACAGCGAGGCUCUCCAGACCUGGGAAGACACGGUUCGAGAGUGGGAACAGCGGUAUGUCGAGAUAAGGAAGGAAUACGAGAAGGAUCACAAGCUCAACCUCGACGGCGACGGAGAUACUCCCGACGAAGACGGCAGGGAGAGAAGACGAGCAAAGGUUGGCAGUUACGCCGAGAGCGAGGGAAACGACGCCAAGGCGAGGAAGCGAAGCUAG